AUGACCACUAACAGGGUCUGGCGUACGCUUUCCGCAUUUAACUCCUCCAUCCGAAGGUGGGCUCCGUUGCCGCUGAAGAACACACAGAGACAAGUCAGGCAGGUUCCUAAACCGCUCACAAUUACAUCAUGGAACGUCGACGCCCUUUCUUCGCGGCCCGUGGCACGCGCCAGACAUAUCCUCAGCCAUAUCCUUGAAGGACAGAGAUCUUCUGAUAUCAUAUUCCUCCAGGAAGUUAAUCUCGACGUUCGUGCCUCUAUCCUCAAUGAUCCGAGAGUGCGUUCUGCCUUCUUGACAACAGAUGCUGAGGACCAAACAGCGUUUGCGGGUGUGCCUUUUGCGACUAUGACCUUGCUGUCCAGCGCGCGUUUUGCUUCCAGCCUGGAUUCACAGGAGGAAGGUGAAACUGAGGGAGGGGAAAAGCUCGAGCUAGGGCGUGUCUUUCGCGUGAUCCUUCCAAGCAAGUACGGGAGGGAUGGGCUUUGUGUGGAGAUCGUCCUACCAACUGCGACGGACAGAGUCUUGCGUCUGAUUAAUGUGCACCUCGACUCGUUGUGGGACACGCUACCUUACCGUGCACAGCAGCUGGAGAUGUUGGCUGACGUACUCCACGAACCGGGAUGCAGUGGCGGGAUUAUUGCAGGCGACUUUAACGCCGUCACCGCUGAGGAUCAGGAGCUCCUCGAAAAGAACGGAUUGGUGGAUGCGUGGCUCGCAUUGCAUGGGUGGGGGAACCUUGAUGCAGCUACAUGGGGUGUUGGCGUUGGACGGCGGGAUGGGCGCGGACCGAGAAGGUUAGACAAAGUUGCGAUGGUGGGGCUGGAGGCUUGCAAAAUGGAAGUCUUGCGUCCUGGCGUUAUUGAAUUGCCCAUUCCGAAGGGAGAGUCUAUUAAUAGCCCUUGGAGUGACCACUGUGGGUUGAGAUGCACCUUCACUAUCUGA